UUGCAACGCAGCUCCGUCUGCUGUGUCCAAACCCACAUCUACAUUGUUGCUGACGGUAUCAGUCAUUUUCAUCUAUGUUUUUUUCACCGUGUGCGCAGUUGAAGUGUCCUGAUACGAAUGUGCAGCCGAGCUCGAUCCGUCAGACGCUGUUAUGAGAUGUUCUGCAUCUGCCAUGGCGAGACGUCGGCUUCCGUGGGGGCUCUUCAGGAAGCCUCUGUACCUCCAGGCCAGAUUUUCCUACCUGCACAUGAAGUACCUGUUCUUCUCCUGGCUGGCAGUGUUUGUGGGAAGCUGGAUAGUGUACGUUGAGUACUCAUCUUACACAGAGCUGUGUCGAGGACAUGACUGCAAAAAUUCAAUAUGUGACAAAUACCGGAAAGGAGUCAUUGAUGGCGCAGUCUGCAGCAGCCUGUGUGAGAAAAACACACUUUACCUGGGAACGUGCCUCACUGCCAAACCCAACAGCCAGGUGUAUUCAGGGAACUGGGGAGACUUAGAGGGAGUCAUUAAGUGCCAAAUGGCGGAUCCUGCCCCUCGCUAUGAUUUGGGAACUGAAAUGGAGCCCAAAAAGUGGGCUUCAGCUUUCAAUCAGCCCACCAAGGGUACCUCAGUAGAAAAGUUCAGAGGGAUGAUAAUCAACCACCUAGAGGCUAAAGUUGGAGAUCAGGUAAACCUCGUAGAUCUGGCAACUCAAGUCUUAUCUAUUGCAGAUGCCAACAAGGAUGGCCAUAUCUCAUUACCAGAGGCUCGCUCCACUUGGGCCCUUCUGCAGCUGAAUGAAUUCCUGUUAGCACUGGUCCUGCAAGACAGAGGGCACACACCCAAGUUGCUGGGCUUCUGUGGAGACCUGUAUGUGAUAGAGAAGGUGCCAUACUCUCCCUUGUACGGGAUUAAUCUCCCCUGGAUCAUCGAGAUGUGGAUUCCUGCCAGCCUCCGUCAUCGAAUGGACCAGUGGUUCACCCCCUCAUGGCCACAUAAGGCCAAGAUCUCCAUUGGCUUGUUGGAACUGGUAGAGGAUGUUUUUCAUGGGACGUUUGGUAGCUUCCUCAUGUGUGAAAUGAGCACGGCUACUUUUGGCUAUAAUGACCGCCACGACUUUAAGGUAACGAACGCGCAGUUCAUUGUUCCCGAAGCUACCUUCCAGGAUGGAAUUAGGCAGCAGCACUGCGACGUGGAUGAGGAUUGUCUCUACGGCACGGACUGUCUCACUUCCUGUGACCUCACCAAGCAUCGUUGCACACCUGAGGUCACGAGGCCAAACUUGGCAAAAGCUUGUGAAACUCUUCAGGAUUACAUUCUGAGGGGUGCUCCAUCCGACAUCAGGGAGGAUCUUAAGAAGCAGCUGUAUGCCUGUAUUGCACUGAAAGGUUCGGCAGAGCACAUGGAAAUUGAGCACUCACUUGUACUCAACAAUAUAAAAACGUUGUUGUGGAAGAAAAUAUCUCACACCAAGGACUCCUAAAACUAGAACUGCAUUUAUUUUAUCCCCAUUUAAUAUUAUCUUUAAAAUAAAUGUUUUUUUAGGGGAAAUACCACUUUAAGUAUAUAAACGCAUUUUGUGGCAGUUCUUAAAAUGUCACUUAACGAUGAAUUUCUUAGUAUACUAGGUAUAAUGAAGAUUGAAGGAAAUAAAAUACAAUUUAUGACUCAUGGUCACUCGUAUAAUAUAUCGUAAACUGCUAACGAGUGCCAACGACUUUAUUGUACAUAAUAGUAUGAGACCACCUCUAAAAACUAUCAUAUUCUUAUACAAAUAAUUUUUUGGGAAAGGAAUGUUGAUAAACAGCACACCAUAGCCUCAAUUUCUUUUCCAUAUUUAUUAGAACAAAUUUCUGCAUUGGA